AGCUAGUUUUUCAACAGCAGUAGAGAAAAGUCCGUUUUUGUGAUGCGUCACAAUGAACUGGUCCAAGAGUGGAGAGAGCAGGAGCUGCGCUCACAGAGAGAGCGGCGAGACAGAGCUAGAGACAGCAGAUGCGCUGGCAGGAGUAGAGCUGAGGCGGUUCUUUUUUCUCUCUCUCUCUCUUUCUCCUCUCUCUCUCUCCCUCCUGGCUCGUUUGUUGUAACGGUGCGGGAUAAAAUCAGAUGAACGUGGGCAAGGACCACCAUCGCUGCUGCCGCCUCACAGCGAGCCCCCCUCACUUCCAGCCUGUUUGCCGGCGCUGCAUCCUGGUUGUGCAGCAGGAUAGCGGCGAGGUGGCAGAGAGCUGCAAGGCUCAGUGGCAGCAAGAAAAAGAGGAGGGAGGAGGGAAAGAAAAGGAGGAGGGGCCGGCUUUCGUGAGCUAGUGGGCUUCCUCUGCCUCACAGACACAUUUUAUUGACUUGCUAAUUGGAUGAGGCUCUCGGAGGAGAGGAUGCAGUGACCAAGAGGAGCUGCUCUCCAGAGGAGGGAUACAGGCGAAAAAAGAAAGCCUUGCUCGGGCUCCCUGAAUCAGCCUGCUUAAUCUCCUUUUUUCUUCUCCUGCAGACAUUACAACAGAUGUUUGCCAGCAUCUCUCAGUGACCCUUACAUCGGGCUUAUAAUUUUAUGGAUGACAUUGUCGAACGGAGGCUCCUGUUGCCAGACGCUUCGUGACAAGUGAACCGUUUCGCCUUUUUUCUUUUUUUGUCCUGCUCUUUUUUUCCCCAGUUUUUUUUUUCCCAGUUUUUUUUUUUAUUAUCUCAAGCUCAUCUACUGGAGCUAUUUUUAUCAGCCUUCUUUAAUAUGCCAUUUGAUAUGAACGGUAAUCUGAUGGCUGGAUGAAUUCUUCAUAAGAUCAAAGCUUCAUGGAGAUGUGAAUGGAUCUUCAGGAAGAGAAAAUGAAGUCCUGCCAUGACUGAGGUGUGCAGAUGCUGUGAGGUCAGAGAGCAGGUGCCACCGUGCUCAGGUCUGCCGUCUCAAUGAGCCAAGCCAGCAGCACGCAGAAACGCACCACCUACCUCAUCUCCCUCACUCUGGUGAAGGUUGAGGCCGUGCCAGAGGAUGCUGCAGGGAGCCAGACGGAGGGCCUUCCAGAGGGGGAAGGGAGCCCUAGGAAGAGGAAGAAGGAGGAGGAGGUAGAGGUGGAGGCAGAGGAGAACGAGAAGCAGGCUGUGAGAGAUGUCCCUGAGAAAGAAGGAUCUUUUUAUGUGGAAGUGGAGCAAAAAGAAAAGACACAGGUGGAGGAGGAAGUGGAACAGGUGCAUGGAAAGAAUGAACGCAGGGAGACGCCUGAGAGGAGGGAGAUGCAUGCGUCCCAGAAAGACAUUGUACCAGUUGGCAAGAGCAAAGAUGCAUCUUUUGCACAACCACCUGUAAGGCAAAUGAUCAAAGUGUAUGGAGGGACAAUGUCUGAGGGAAGCGUGCGCAGGGAGGGACUUCGCUCAGAUGCCUUACGCCCCAAGACAGAGCUCUACCGGGAGCCUCCCAUGAUGUUCCUGAAGGGUGAAAACGGAGCGGACUUGAACAGCCGUUCGCGCUGCAGCCUGCCCUUCACUGUCCCGUCGCAGAUCAGCCAGCCUCCUCCGGUUGUGAUGCGUUCUCAUGCAGCAGGGAACUCCUCUUAUUCCAGGGAGCUCAGAGAGACCAACACAAGCCUGUAUCACCCGGCUAAAACUCUGGAUCGCAGGGACAACCGCAUCGGGGACCAGUCUCCCUUAGUGGCAGCUACGACUCUGGGGCCUUACAGGGCGUCCUGGGCGGACAGCGACGGCAGAGGCACACUCAUCCGGCCUGGAGCCCCCAUCAGCGGAAGCUUUUCGGGCGUGAUGGCCCGGGAGAGCCCUCAGGGGGAGAGGUACAAGGCGGUUUCCGUGUCUUUACCCGCUCCCCCCACCCCCGAUGUUUGCAGGCCUCCAAGGAAAGGAACAAGUUGUACCCUUGACAAUGUUGACCUACACUCUUACUGUGAAGACCCGAGGAAGGCGAAGGAGAGCCAAGGAGGAACAAUCCAGCGGGCUCCACCUCCUCGCGAUCGCAAGAUGCUCAAGUUCAUCAGUGGGAUUUUUACCAAAAGUACAACGGGCUCACCAGGCGCCAACACCACACCUCCUCUCUAUCCAGCUGUGGAGAGGGGUUCGAGUGAGGAGGAAGUCGUUUGCACCAGCAGUCAAGAAUGGACCAUGAGUCAAGCUGUUCAAGAGCUUCAUCUGGGUGUGUUGGGGGGUCUGUGCAGCGGGAAGUCCGCCCUCGUCCACAGACACUUGACAGGAAGUUACCAGCUGGAGGAGAACGCAGAGGGGCGGCAGUUCAUUAAGGACGUGCUGGUGGACGGACAGAGUCACCUGCUGAUAAUCAGAGAAGAGACGGAGCCUCCCGGGCCUCAGUUUGCAAGCUGGGUGGAUGCCGUCAUUUUGGUCUUCAGCUUGGAAAAUGAGGCCAGCUUUCAGGAAGUUUACAAAUUCUACCACCAGCUUUCUCUGCAUCGGCCCGUCACCGAGAUACCUUUUGUAGUGGUCGGUACUCAAGAUAAGAUCAGCAGCACGAACCCCAGAGUGAUUGACGACGCCAAGGCAAGACAGCUGUGUUCAGAUGUGCGCCGCUGCACCUACUAUGAAACCUGCGCGACUUACGGCCUCAAUGUGAACAGAGUCUUCAACGAUGCUGCUCAGAAGAUCAUGGCAGCCAAGAAGCAAGCCGCUUUACUGGCUUCCUGCAAAUCUCUUCCCAACUCUCCCAGUCACUCUGGAGGCUCCACUCCAGUGUCUGGUGUCUUUCCUGGACAGGCCAGCAACGGCGGCCAGAGCAGCGACUACUCCUCGUCUCUUCCCUCCACUCCUGUGAUCAGCCAUAAAGAGAUCGCCAGAACUCUGAGGGGAGAGAAAGGCGACAGCAGCGUGCCUGGGUCGGUCCGUAGCGUCCGCAAGCGCACACCCAGAUUUGUGGGACGGAGAGGCAGCGACUCAAACAGACGGAGUGCAGACUUUAAGGGCGACUUUGGCAGCGGGCGAUUCAUCCCCAUCAAACAGGGCAUCUUGCUGAAGCGCAGUGGGAGUUCGCUCAACAAAGAGUGGAAAAAGAAGUAUGUCACACUGUCCAACGAUGGCAUCCUCUCCUACCACUCCAGCGUCAACGAAUACAUGCUGAACGCUCCGGGGAAAGAGAUGGACCUGCUUCGGGUGACUGUCAAGGUGCCGGGGAAGCGUCCCCCUCGUGCUGUGCCUGCAUGUGGACCCCCUGCUGGGCUCAAUGGGCGGGUUAAAGAUGUGCUGGGACCUGAGGUAAACACUAGUGGUCUCAUGCAAGUGGAGGAGGUGGAAGGACUGGGAGGCGCUCUGUUCCUGAGGAGCAACAUUGGUGUCCAGCGCUGCCCGUCCACGCUGUCCAACCACGCCCAAGGCGUUGACUCUGCAGUCGAGGGAGUCUCCAGCUCCUCCUCUACCAAAGACGUCGGCUCAGCCUCCCCACUGACCGACAGGAAGAAGCACCGCAGGAAGAAGAGCAUGAAUCAGAAAGGAGACGCAGCCGUGGGACAAGCCGACGCCAAACGGAAAAUGUGGAAGCUGAAAAGUUUUGGGAGCUCAAGAAACGUAAGCAAGACAGAGGAGGACAACUUUGACUUCCUGGUUGUGUCGAGCACUGGUCAAACGUGGCACUUUGAGGCCCAGAGUGUGGAGGAGAGGGACUCCUGGGUCCAAGCCAUCGAGAGCCAGAUCCUGGCCAGCCUGCAGCUGUGUGAGAGCAGCAAAAACAAGGAUCGCAAGGACAGCCAGAGUGAAGCUGUGGCGCUGCAGGCGAUCCGCAAUGCAAAAGGGAACAACUUCUGCGUCGACUGUGAUGCUCCAAAUCCGACGUGGGCCAGCCUGAACCUGGGCGCUCUCAUUUGCAUCGAGUGCUCUGGGAUCCACAGGAACCUGGGGACCCACUUGUCCCGGGUCCGCUCGCUGGCCCUGGACGAUCUGCCCAGAGAGCUCACCCUUGUUCUCGGCGCCAUCGGCAACCACAUGGUCAACAAUAUAUGGGAGGCGCGCACAAUGGGGCACCGGAAACCAGCGCCUGACGCUACACGAGAAGAGCGGGAGUCGUGGAUCCGAGCCAAAUACGAGCAGAAACUGUUUGUGGCGCCGUUGCCUCCUCCCACACCCAGCGAGGGCCCAGACAUCAGCAUGUCGGGCCGUCUUCUGUUGGCAGUGAUGGAGCGCAAUCUGCCCAAGCUGCUGCUUCUCUUGGCCCACUGCACUAAAGAGGACAUCAAUGCCCCGCCCUUCCUGUCGCUCCCCUCCAGGUCGCUGCUCGCGCUCCGCCUGCCUGGCUCUGCCCUGCACGCUGCUUGUCAGCAGGCUGAUGUGGUGAUGACGCAGCUUCUGGUCUGGUACGGCUGUGACGUGCGGCAUCGGGACGCUCAGGGUCAGACGGCGCUGGCUCUGGCUCAGGGCGCCGGCGGCCAGGAGUGCGUCGACGUCCUGCUGCAGCACGGCUGCCCCAACGAGCCGACCCCCUCCUUCGGCGCCACGGUCGGCUUCGCGUCGGCCGUGACGUCCAGCUUUCCCGCCGCCAUGACGCCGAGCCUGACGUUUGCCACGACGAUCAACAUCACACAGAAGAGCGGCGGCGGCGGCAGCCUGGGCUACAGCACAUCCAGAAGAGCUGUGUCGUAACUGCAACGUGUCUCAAAAUGUAAGUAGAAUGUACCGACCUGUUUACCAGAGUCACACCUGUUCAUGCAGUCAGUACUCGACUUUAUUCGCCACUCGGCUGUGAAUGGAAACCCGCCUGCAGGCCUCAAACAGCUUCUCUGAGCAGCUGAAGCCCAGAAGUAAAAGAACUGCAAUAAGUUUACUAAUCUAAGAGUGGGAUGUAUUGAGCUCGUAGCAUAAAAGAUUAUGGCUAUUAUUAAUUUUGACAGUGAAUGUGAGUUUUAGAUUCAUCCGAGCUUGUCAUUAAGUGCAUAAAUUAUGUUAUGUGUAAGUUGAUGUGAAAUAUGUUAGUGGCUGGAUAAGGGGGAAUAAAACAGCUGUAUAGAAAUGUGUUGAUAAAAUGGUGAAAUACUACAAAUUUAAAAGUGUUUAAUUUCCAGUUUAUUACUGUAUGAUUUGUACAGUUGUUUCUGUGUAUAAAACAUAAAGGGUUACUCAUUGCUGUUCGGAGAUUACCUGUACAGAGUUUUAGUUCAGUUUUAGUUUCCUGCUUAACUCAGAUUUUUUUUUGUUUGUUUAGUCUGUUACUGGUGUGUCUGAUGUAAAACACUGUACAUACUGCAGUAGCUCAUUGUUCAAGUGAGUAUAGUAAAAGAUACAUGUGCAGAGCUGUGAAGAUUAUAGAUUUGUUCUGUUUUUCCAAUUUUUUUUUUUGGCGCACUUAAAUGUUUCACAUCAUCAAACUAAUUUUCUUUUCAGACAACAUAUCUGGAUGCGAGUCUUUUUCACAAGUUUGCCCUCUAGAACAGAAUCGUCUUAGUUCAGCCAUGCUGGAGGUUUUCCAGCAUGUUUGAGGUCAGAAUGAAGCAAAUUAUUUGGAUUUAGGUUCAGACUUUGACUAGGACACUGCAACAGGAAACUUUUGAGUCAUUCAGAAGAGAUGUUGCUAGUGUGCUUGGGAUCAUUGUUCAGCUGCAUAACCAAAAUGUACAAUCUGAUGGCCCGACGUUCUCCCACAGAAUUUUCUUGUAGACAGAAGCCUUCGCUUUUCCAUCAACUACAGCAAAUUAUCCAGAUCCUGAAGCAGAAAAGCAGCCCAAACCAUCACACUACCACUACCACCAUGUUUGUCUGUAGGCAUAAUAUCUUUUUCUGAAAUGUUGACAGUUUUACUCCAGCUGUAACUGGACCCACACCUUCAGACAGUUCCACUAUCGUCCCCCUAAAUGUUUUCCCAAGAGUCCUUUGGAACUUUACGGAUGUUUUUGAUAAACAUCAUUUAUGUUGUUUUGGGGUAGCAGUGGGUUUCUCUUUCUUGGCUCUUUUGUUACCUCCUGGAUGAAUCCUUGAUGGCGUACCGUUGGUAGGUUAUUGGGACGAAUCAUCGCCCUCCUGUUUUCUCCAUUCGCAGAUAAUGGCUCUCACUGUGGUCCACUGAAGUCCAAAGGCUUUGUAACACUUUUCAGAUUGAUAGAUGUCAGUGAUGUGUUCCUUUUUGAAAUCUUUUGACCUACUUCCUGUUGCCAGGCAGGUCAUUUUGAACUGAUUUGCGUUUCCCACGAGCUUCUGCAGUGAAGUGAGGCUGCUGAAGUUCAGCUCAGCUUUCCAAAGAGUGCGGCUUGGAUACCUUUUUGUCCCCUCAAGUGAAAUGAUCAUUUGAAAACAGUUUUUUUUUCUAUUUACUCGUGUUAUCUUUGCCUUUGUCUGUGGAAAAUUUUAAGUGUGACUAAAAAGCAAAAACAGAAGAAAUCUGUAAAGACGCAAAACGCUUUUUCCCACCACUUUACAUAAAUAGGUUAAAAUGACUUGAUUUUUGACUGAAUGUAGAUAAACGCUAAUGCUGACGUGUUUUUUUAGAGGAUAAAAUUUUCAAGUAAUAUUGUUCCUGAUGUGACGACUAGAAAUUAAAGGUAUACUUUAAAUAUUAAGAGCUUACAAAUGUACAAAACAAGGCCUUCAAGUGAAGUUUCUUAGUGGCUGAAAAGAGACACACAACAGAGGAAACAAAUCUAUAUUAUUAUAUAAUUAUCAACUCUGAUGCAGUACUGGGAGUACUUUCAAUGUGACCAAAAGCUGACCUUUUCUGUAAUGUACCCUGUUCUCUUUUCAUGGUUUGUUUUUUUACUAAUUUAAUAAAUCAAAAGCAUUCAUUAUCGGUAAGGUCGCUCUCGGAUGCUGUGCUGUUUUUGUACGUUUCAUGUGUUCAGAUUUUAUUGACAUUUUCUGCCACUAAUAAACCGAACUCGCACUUCAAAGGUUGGGAGGACAUUUGUAUUACAUGGACUCAUUCCUUCGUUGCUUCAUGUUCAAGCAACAUUUGAACACAUCCUGGAGACACACGGAGUCUCUGCUGGCCCCCCGACCUACUUCUUUCUAGGUCGCAGUCAUGUGUCCAAAGUAUUCACGCCCCUUCAACAAACCUCAGCGUAUUUCACUGGGAUUUCAUCUGAUGCAACACAGAAGCGCUUAAGUGUGACGUGGAAGGAAAAGGAUGCAUUCGUCAUCUUAGCCUGCUUAUGGCCACAGGAAGCUGCUG